AUGCCGCCGUAUGACCGGCCAUCUGCCGUGAGCCAUCGGCAGCCGGCUUUGGCACGGGCUGUAAACAAACCUCCGCCCCUGACCCCCAAAAUCGCGGGCCGGUCACCGGCAUCACAACACCCAAAUUCGACACUUUCAACACCCCUCGCACGACGCACCGCACCCGAAUCGACCCUGGCCGCCAAUGCCACGAGUUCUCACGACAAAGACGAGCUGAUGUCGCCUGUGUCGGCUUUCCUGAGCAGCAACAUCACACCGCGGUCAGGUUCGAGACAGAGCCGCGUCGAUAGUGCUAACAGCACUCCAAGCGGCACGCCAAAUCCGGAUCGUCAUGAUCCUUUGGAGACACGGCCGGGAUUGGGAGUUCCAGGAUCGGGGACGGAGCAGUUACCCAGGCGGCCAGUGGUAGCUUUUAGGACCGCUUCCGAGGCUAGCCAUGGAGCGAAACCAGACAGGGACUCAAAAUUCUUCUAUGCGUCCGAGGCUCAAAAGCAGCCGCCGCAGGCUGCGAGUGUACGGACAUCUGCACCGCAGCAGCCGAAAUCGGCAACUUUCUUCUACGCAAACGGAAAUGCCGUACCUGAACGGCAGAGCGGCCCUCCCAGGCCCUUUUCCCCGACCUUGGCAUCUCCCUCUCCUUCACAGGACACCUUGACAACCAAGUUUGUCUAUGCAAACGGAGCCCCUGAACUACAACCGCCAGCGAAGAUUGGCUCGUCAGCACGACCAGGUCCAGGAUCGGUUGUCUCCAUGUCGUCCAGAGCGCCGAGGGGCAGGCAAGGCAGCAAUGCGAGAGCUCCAUCACCUGGAAGGUCCCCCCAACAGAUGGCGACUAAGAGUCCCCGCAAUUCUACGAUCUUGUCACCACGAUCGCCCGUUUCGGCGUCACAUAUCCAGAGCGGCAAUCAAGCGAGUCAGGUGAAAGCGAAUACUGAGCCUCCUUGUCGGCCCACAAAGUCUCACUCUCGCACCAAGAGCGCAACCAUCAUCGAACUGCCUGUCACCGUAAAAGUGACCCCGGCCCACAGUUCUGUUACUUCGCCUGGCAGCACAUCUCCGUCCAGCCCUCGUCACAGUUCGACGUUCCCGAGUAACACGGCCUCGGGGGGAUUCAGCUCCUUGCUUCAGGCUGUUGAGGACUUGGCGGAAUCUGAAGAAGCUAAAGCCGAGUCCCUCAACAGCCCGACCAAUUUAUCACAGGAUGGCCAGGUAGAGGACCUGGUUGCUAGUGCGCGACGAGAACGCAAAGUCCAAGAUUUGCAGAUCACGAAUGCUAGCCUCGAAGCGAUCAACCGUACGCUGGAGCGGCAGCUGAGGAAACAAACAGCUGAGCUGCGACGUUACCAGCGUCUGUCCCGGUCCGGACAACUAAGCCUGGGCUCUGCCGGCAGCCGGAUCCCGUCAGACUCUACGGCAGACGGUGAGGGAUUGGCGGGAGCGGGGUUGGGCCUGAACGACCUGAGCGAGGAACAGAGCGAGGUUGCGGCUGAGGGCGCCGAGUUAGAAGAGGCAGAGGAGCUUGAUGAUGAGGAUGACAUGUCGAGCUCAGAGGCUUCGGGGGAGCCGAACCCUGAUGCGAGCGCACUGCGCCACGAGAAACGUCGAAGAGACGAGCGGCGACUUCAGCUGGAUAUCUCGAAACAUCAGCAACUGCUCAUCGACAGCCAAAAGAUCAACCAAAGCCUGAAACGGUGUCUGGGAUGGACCGAGGAGUUGAUCAAGGAGGGCAGACGGGCGCUUGCUUAUCAGGUCCGGGUCAGCGAUGUCGAGUUGGGAGGAAGAGUACUCGCCCCCGAGGAGAUAGAGAGACGAGCGCGCGGCGAUGACGCAGCUGAGGAUAACACCUUGGGAGAUGAGACCAUAUACGCGAUAGACGCUCUGGGCCGAGGGUCCCUCGCCGAGCCUGAGACGAUGACCACAUGGAGCAAAGAUCCGCAAGAUAGGGACAGCGGUAUCGAACUGCCGGCGGAUGGCGGCUGA